GCAGAGCCUGUUAAUAACUUAAAUGAAGCAGAGCAAAACCCCAAAGAUGUUCAGUCCAACCAUUCCUUGCAAAAUGCUCCCUUAAGAUGUUGCAAGGAUACAAGUGACCAGAAUAAGGAGGAAACUGGGGAAGUAUCGCUGAAGAAUGAAUUCAGAUUAGAUUCAUUAGAAGAUGUGAGUGAUGAUGAUUUAACGGGAAGUGAGAAGUCAGAAGCAAGAGUCGAAAAGUUGGGUUCUUCUGUUAGUUCUCAUUUACUCUGUGACACUCCAGACGGUAAACCUGCCACCUCUGAAAAGGAAGAUGAUGAAAAGCUGGCUGCUUCAAGUAUUCCUUCUGCUGAUGUAAAAGAUUCUGUGUUUCAGAUGGAAUCCACAGUUUCUCCAUCAAGCGGUCAGGACCAUUUGCCUGUGGAUUUGAAAACCUCCUCACAGGUUGGAGAAGGGAAUGAAGAGCAUGUCAAGUCACAUGAACACUUUGAAAUGGAAGGUUUUGAAACUCCUUCAGAUCAUGAGCUGCAAAAAGGAGGAAGCCAGUCACUAGGCCUCCUUCUUCCUGAUUUAAGCAAACUUGGCCUCCCUGCCUCUCUGCAAAGAGACCUGACACGACAUAUUAGUCUGAAGAGCAAAGUUGGGACACAUCUUCCAGAGCCCAAUCUCAAUAACGCCCGGCGCAUUCGGAAUGUGAGUGGCCAUCGGAGAAGUGAGACUGAGAAGGAGUCAGGGCUUAAACCCACCCUCAGGCAGAUUCUUAGCGCUUCGCGGCGAAAUGUAAACUGGGAUCAAGUCAUCCAGCAGGUAACCAAGAAGAAACAGGAACUUGGCAAAGGUUUACCAAGGUUUGGCAUCGAAAUGGUGCCUCUUGUUCAAAAUGAGCAAGAGGAUCUAGAACUUGGUGAAGAAUCUGAUUUGGCUACUCUGGAAGGAUUCCAGUGGGAAGGGAUUUCCUUAGCAGUGCCUGGCUCAGCCAGAAAACGUAGCUUUUCUGAAAGCAGUGUCAUUGCAGACAGAAAUCCUGCUGCUUAUAGCUUCUUCAGUGAGCAAGCCAAAACAAAAGAAAGUGGGCAAAGGCAAAUAAUUGCAGCCAGCCACUCACAUCACGUAACACCUGGGUAUGAGGCAAGCGCUGAUAUUGAGGUUGACUUGAAACGAGAGACAUCUUCUCUUCCUUUGUCACCAUUUAUGUCUGAAAAAACUGAGACUAGAGGAAGGAGACACAGCCUACAGGCCGCCUCUGUGAUCACAGGCCUCACAAAACAAGACCAGGAGAGCCCAGAGAAGAGGACACCUCUGCUUGAAAAACAAAAUGUGCUAGAAAUCUCAGAAGAAAAUCGUCCAGCUUCAAAUAAUGUUUCACUUCCUGCAGUGUCUAAUAACAUAGAUGCAGCUACAGACAGUAGCUGCACAUCUGGUACUGAGCAGAAUGACAGCCAAGGAAUUGGAAAGAAACGGAGAGCAACUGGAGAAGGAUCUUCUCCUGAAAUCCCUAGUCUAGAAAGAAAGAAUAAAAGAAGAAAAAUCAAAGGUAAGAAAGAACGUUCUCAGGUAGACCAGUUGUUGGCUAUUUCGCUGAAGGAAGAAGAGUUAAGCAAGUCCCUGCACAGUGUGGACAGCAGUCUCUUGCAGGCUAGGGCUGCCCUGCAGGCUGCGUAUGUUGAGGUUCAACGGUUCCUUGUAUUAAAGCAACAGAUAACCAUGGAAAUGAGCACACUGAGAAGUCAGAGAAUCCAGAUCUUGCAGGGACUACAAGAAACAUAUGAACCUUCUGAACUGUCAGAGCAACUUUCCUGCAGUGUCAUAAGUGAGAGAAGAAAUAGCACAUCUCAGGUGGCAGCUGACUUAAUUCCUACAGGCUCCUUCCUGCCCCUUUUCGACACUUUGUCUUCUUCUGUACCUCCACUGGGAUCUUCUGUUCAUGUAAAUGUGCCGGCACUGUUCCAGUCUUCUGACAUCACACCAACGCAAGAACAAAUUAAACGUGAACCCGUGUCUCCGAAAGGAUCAGAAGAAAAUGUGAAUUCUGUACUCGAGAGCUCUCUCUGCAACCAAAGCAGGGAAGUUCUGUUUUCUUCAGAAGAGACCAACCAGAAAACUCCAGUGUAUCCAGUUAUCUCUGCAACCAUAUCCCUGUCAGAGCUGACCGCUUGUUUCCAACACACUAAUCAAGAUGUUCACAAGCCUUCUGCGAACACAGGGAAGGCUGGACUUCCUGAGAGCCCUUCUCCUCAUUCACUGUCUGUUUUCAGCAAGAGAGAAGCAAAUGAUGCAGUGACUGAAAGCUUUUCACUGGAUCAGCACAGCACCUCUCUUCCAAAGCAUUCAGUCCUCCUAGAAAUGCAAGUGGAUAAAACCCUCAAAUUGUCGGCAGAACCAUCCAAGCAACAGGCGGCAACUACUGUAGUCCCAGCAGAAAAAGGGAACAGGAGGAGGAGAAAGUUAAGGAAGAAGAAAACUCUCAGGGCAACCCAUGUGCCAGAGAACAGUGAUACAGAACAGGAUAUAACUGACUCUAAGCCUGUCCGGAAAGUCAAGGGUGGAAAGGUUCCUAAAGGAGAAAAAGUUACUCCUCUAAGACAGGAGGAUGGAGCUACUGCUCAAACAGCAAAAAACAAGGAUGAGAAUGACAGUGAUGCAUCUCUGGAACUAGUGGAAGUUCCAGCACCCCAGUGUGAGGUGGUUGAUGUUGAUUCGUUGGAGUCUGGAGAUGAGAAACCAGACAGUCCAUCAAAGAGGGGUUCACGCAGCUCUGUGGAUCAAGCAGCCCUAGAGGUGUCUUGCUCUGGUUAUGAUGAAGUGAGCUCUACCAGUGAGAUUGGCACAAAUUAUAGGGAUGAUGGGAAAAGCAUGGCUGAGACACAGACUUGCAUAUCAUCACUAAGAGGAUCAAAGAACUCAUCAGAAGUGUCUUCGGAGCCAGGUGAGGAUGAAGAACCUACAGAGGGAAGCUUUGAGGGACACCUGGCGGCAGUGAAUGCUAUUCAGAUUUUUGGGAAUUUGUUGUAUACGUGCUCAGCAGACAAAACUGUUUGUGCCUACAAUCUGGUUAGCAGGAAGUGUGUGGCCGUCUUUGAAGGACAUACUUCAAAAGUGAACUGCCUCCUGGUCACUCAGACGAAUGGGAAAAAUGCUGCACUCUUCACUGGCUCCAGCGACCACACUAUCAACUGUUACAAUAUCAAGACCAGAGAGUGCAUGGAACAGUUGAAACUGGAAGAUCGAGUGCUCUGUUUACACAGCAGAUGGCGGAUCCUUUAUGCAGGCCUUGCAAAUGGCAGUGUGGUUACAUUCAGCAUAAAGAACAACAAGCAGCUUGAUACCUUUGAAUGCCAUGGCCCCAGAGCAGUGAGCUGUCUAGCCACAGCUCAGGAAGGAGCACGCAAGUUGUUGGUGGUGGGCUCCUAUGACUGCACCAUCAGUGUGCGAGAUGCGCGGAACGGCCUGCUUCUCAGAACUCUGGAAGGGCACAGCAAAACUAUACUCUGCAUGAAGGUUGUGAAUGAUCUGGUAUUCAGUGGCUCCAGUGAUCAGUCUGUCCAUGCCCACAACAUUCAUACUGGAGAGCUGGUGCGGAUCUAUAAAGGCCAUAACCAUGCAGUAACGGUUGUGAACAUUCUUGGGAAAGUGAUGGUGACAGCAUGUCUGGAUAAAUUUGUUCGUGUUUAUGAACUACAAUCACACGACCGCUUGCAAGUCUAUGGAGGCCACACAGAUAUGAUCAUGUGUAUGACCAUCCAUAAGAGCAUGAUUUACACUGGAUGCUAUGAUGGCAGUGUCAGAGCUGUGAGGCUUAAUCUGAUGCAGAAUUAUCGUUGCUGGUGGCAUGGAUGUUCACUGAUCUUUGGAGUUGUGGACCAUCUGAAACAACACUUGCUAACUGACCACACCAACCCAAAUUUUCAGACCCUAAAAUGUCGUUGGAAGAACUGUGAUGCUUUCUUUACUUCCAGAAAAGGUUCCAAGCAGGAUGCUGUAGGACACAUUGAAAGACAUGCUGAGGAUGACAGCAGGAUUGACUCAUGAAGCUUUUCACCUCCCACAUUGGGAAGUAAUUUUGUAUGUCAGAAUUAUUCCAAAUAACACCAAUUUCUUACUCCAGUCUUUCCUCUUUCUUUUCCCACUUGGAAUGCAACAAUAGAGUGGGGCUGAAAUGCCUUGCUACAGAGACUGCAGGUUGUGUUGCGCUCUGUAGAAAUAAGGCUGGUCAAUUAAGACUUAGCCCAAAUGGAAGACUCUUGAAAGUUUUUAAUUAAUUGACAGAUAAGAGUAUUUUCUCCUCUUGUCUGCCUUGGGUUUUUGUUGUUUGUU